AUGUUUCAUCAUGGGAGAAAUUUUGAGAGGGGUAAGGAUGGGAGAUGGACAUACACACCUGACAAUAAGCAUUGUUUAGGUGAUCUGGAUGUGGACAGGUUGGAUGUAUUCUACCUGAGAAAUUACUUCAAAGAGCUAGGCUAUGAGACCAUGAAGGAGGUUUGGUGGCAGGUCCCUGGGAUGAGUCUGGAAGUAGGUUUAAGGCGUUUAGACUCUGAUAAUGAGUUGAGAGAGCUGUGUUCUCAUGGUGGAAAGAACAAUGGGGUAGUGGAUGUCUGCAUUGAACAUGGCAUUUCAGAACCUGAAAUAGUACAAGGAGAAGAUGUUGUUGUGCAUGUUGAUGACCAGGUGAGGGAUCUUGGAGAGCAAGCCAAGUCAAAUUCUAGGAUGGUGAAAGACCCCCCUGUCAAACCUACCACCGAGAAGGACCCUCCUAUGAGUUUAAGCAUGGUAACAUACAGGCCCCAAGCUAAAGAGGCGUUACUGAAGAAGAGCAAUGUGAAUUCUAACAUGGAGUCCCAACCUAAGCCUAAGUCAAAGUCUAAGCCUAAGACAGUUCCCAAACCCAAACCCAUGCCCAGACAGAACAAUGUAACUAGGACUAGGAGAUACUGUCUAAGGUCUUUAGGGAAAGGUAUUUCAAAAGCAAAGGGAAAUGCUGGUGAUCAUGUUCUUUUAUCCUCUGACUCAGACUCUCAUGACAGCUAUGAGAGUGCUGAGGACGAGGCCUAUAAGCCACAAGAGCCGGAUGAUAGCUCGGAUGAAUCAGGCAUUGGAUAUACAGUUCCUUCACAGAAGAAGAAAGUCAAGAAACCCAAUGCAAGGAAGAAGGUCCAGGCAGAUAGUGGAAAGGAAAAAGGGAAGGCCAAGGUCUGUGUUGAUGAUGAUGGAUUUGUGGAAGACGUUUCUGAUGAAGAUGUGGACAUCGGAUUUGUGGGGGGAGGUCUAAAGGGGGAUAAUCAUGACGCUUUUGAUCCGGGGUCAGAAUCGGAUGGUGGCAAUUUGUGGCACUCUUUGGAGAUGAAAACACCACCUAAUUCAGAGGAUGAGCUGAUUGGAGAAGAAAGUUUGGAGGAGGUAUUUUCGGUGUUUAGACAGGGUGGUAGGUUCGGGAACUACAUUUAG